UUUCAUCGUAAUCGAAAGUGUUAUCGAAAAAAAAAAAAAUUAGUUACUUUAAAAAUAUGAAGUCUCUUACAGUACAACGAUAACCAAAUGAAAUUUGUAAUAAUAAAGCUCGGGUUAUUCGUAAUUCUCGACACUCGAUAAGAAAUGCAACACGCUGCAUGCUGCAGAAAUGAUAUAUCAUUUUCCCUGUUUUAUCUUUCUCCCGUUCUUAUAUAAGGUAACCUCGUAAAGAUAAAAAUAAAGGUUAAAAUUAAAGAAAAAAAAAAAAAAAUUCAAAAUUGUCAUGAUGCAAGCGGGUCAAAAUUUUGAUAAGACUGUCGACCGUUUGUUACCGCCGAAAUCUCAUCGAAAUAAAAGGCUAUACCGACCAGAAGAUGCGAAAACACUUGGUCUUCGAGUACCAGAUUCUGAGAGCUUCUCGGCUAAAUCGAACUCGUCCUCGUCUAAAAGUUCGGCACACCUAUCCAACACGAAAUACGUUGGUAAAAGAUCGAAUGACGAUACCAAGAAAGAUGUUAAACGUCAUCGAAACGUGGACGUGAACGUAAAAGCGACCAAAAAGCAACCGGAUCUGAAACAAGAGCGGAAAGCUCAACGGACUCCCACGUUGGAGAGAUUGAGCAAUUUGCACGCGAAAUUGGAACGAGGAUUGAAAAAUAUAUCGAACAGGACAAAAACACGGUCGAAAGUUGGGCCGGACAGCACCAAAGAGUCCAACAAUUCGACCACGAUACGUGGAUACGGCCGGUCGUCUGGUCGAUCCCUGAAAAAGAGUUCGACGUCUCAAGAGGACAAGCUUAGAAAGGAAUCGAGUUCAAAAUGUACGAAACAAUUGUUCAGCAUGGCUGACUCGUGGAGCAGCGACUCGAUAAUUAGUCAUUCGGAUAACUGUGCCUGCUGUCACAGUCGAGAGCCUUGUCCCUUUCACGGAAGCGAGAAUUUCUUUCAAGACAAAUAACCGACAAUUUUUCUUCCUUUGACUUUAAAUUUGAGAAAUUUCCAUCGAUACGCAGUUGUAACCAACAUAUGUCGAAAAAAAAAAAAAAAA